AUGCUGGGCCAUUUCUUUUCAGAACAUAUGGAUGAACGGUACAUACUGAAAAGCGUUGUCGGACAGCCGGCGGAGGGACUGUGUGUGUUGAAGCGAUUCCCGGAUAGUAUUAUACUUGCUAAGGUGAUUAGAAUGUCAGAUUGCAGUCAUUUAACAGCCAAGGUAAUUCCAGGGCCACUCACAACACAUGGUCUCAUGGAGACGGUGAGUCCCGCGAUCUACACAGGGUCAAUGAUCGGCGUCGUGCCACCCAAAGUUUAA